UACGACAUUUUUUAUUAUGGUAUUGAAUGGAACAGUUUUUGCGAGCCUUAAUCUUUAUCGAAUUUUUCGAGAAAUAUCAUCUGGAUAUAUUGGCGAAAAAGUGAUACAGUGCUUCAUAAUAUUGAAUAUUCAUUAUAUAUACACAUUCCUUUCCACCAAUAUUGCGCAACAAAUUAUAGAUCAUAACAAUAGGAUAUUCGUUACAGUAUACAAUGGCUACUGGUAUGUAGUUCCCUUACAUGUGCAAAAGCUAAUAUUGUUCCUAUUGCAAAGAGGCACUAAAACUUUGAAGAUAAUGAUUGGUGGAUUAUUUAUUGGUUCCUUAGAAGGCUUCGCCACGGUAAGGAGUUUGCUGGAACAACUUCAAGAUGUAUGUAACGAAUUAAAAGAUGAAAAUGAAAUCGCUAUUAUAGAAAAAUAUGGAAGCAAAGCAAAAUGUUAUACAACUGCAAUAAUACGUAAGACAAUGUGUUUGGCAUGUGUGGUGAAUGUACUUUAACUUUUCUACAAAUUUGGCCGUAUAUUCAACACUUUAUUCUGCUUAAUAAUAGUUCUCGACUAAAUCCUUCAGUAUACAUUGUGACAGAAUACUUUAUUGAUCAAGAAAAAUAUUUCUACUUUAUCAUGCUGCACGCAUUAGCAGCUAAUUACAUAGGAUCUAUCGCAAUGAUAGCGACAGGAACGACGCUUCUUGCAUAUCUUCAACAUACCUGCGGAAUGUUUAGUAUCGCGAGUUACCGUAUCGAACAGGCAAUCAAUAUUUUACAAAA